AUGUAUUAUAAGAUUUUAGGGAGUGGACUUGGAUGCUAAUCAUCUAAUAUCAAAACUGGCUGCGAGAAAUGUUAAGGUGAGCAAUAAAACUCAGGCUGGGUAAUUUCGAAGUUCUCAGAGUAUUAAAACUUUCAAAAUUAAAACAUAGAAGUUUGUCAGAACCCAUAGUUAGAUUCUUAAUUUAGCAAAGAUAUUUUCUGUCUCAUAUUUGACUACUAAGAUUAAUAUAAUUGUAUUAAAUGUAAAGAUGGCUUUUACAUAAAUAAAAAUGGUUUUUAUAAUGAGACAGCUUCAAGGUUUUAAGAUAUUUGCUCAUCAUAUAUUUAAGGAGAAAUAUGUCUUGACGCCGACUCAUUUGAAAACUGCUUGAUCUGCAAAUACGGUUAUGGCUUAUACUUGGAUGAAAAUGGAAACUAAAAAUAUACAGAGACAAAACUUCCUAUUUAAGAUUAGAUAACUGCAUGUGAAGAUGGAUAUGUUGAUAAAACAACUGGUAAAUGUACUGCACAUUGUGGAUUAGGUAGGUAUGGAAAAAUGUAGUUUGACUCAAGAGGAUUAAUAGAGGCGUCAAGCUGUGAAAUUUGUGAUGAUAUGUGCUUUGAAUGUGCCUCACAAGGAGAAUGUCUAUCAUGUAAAAAAGGCUUUUACUUAUACACUGGAUCAUCCUUAAAAUCUACUGGAAAAUGUUUGCAAAAAUCUGGAUUUUUAAAUUUGACUCUAUUUGUUGACAGUACAAAUUAAUAAUAUUCAGAAGAAGAUUUGACUGGAUAAACUAUCUCUGAUCCAUUUUUAUCCUUACAAAGUGCUUUUAUCAAAGCUUAUGAAUAUGGUGCACCAUUUGAAAGUGCUGAAAUAAAAAUUUUGCUUAUAUCUGGAAAGACUCAUUCGAUGAUCAGAUAUGAUAAUAAUCAUCUUCUUCCCAAGGCAUAUGAUCAAAAUUCUCAAUCAACAAAGAUUAUUAUUGACACAACUAGUGGCUCUUAAGUAACAGUACUAUACAAAAUGAGAGACUAAUUCAAAUUUCUUGUUGGAGGCGGUUUAGAAAUCAGAAAUAUUGCAUUCAAUGCCUUUGAUUCUAUUUUCGAUCCAAGACAAGGAUUUGAUCUAAGUUUACUUGAAAACUAAGAUUAUUAAUGCUUGAAAGAUCAUUUUUUAAGAUGUUGUAGAAAGACAUUGGAUUAAUCUACUGGAUACACAACUGUAACUGGAUAAAGCUUUUGCUAGUAAUAUGUCCCUAUUUUUAUGUAUGAUUUCAACACUCUAAUUGAACUUAAUGAUUUUGGAGGUUAUAUUGAAAUUAGUAGAUCACUUUUUGAUAACAUGAACUCAUGCGGGGCAAUUAUUAGGAAUAAAAGAUUCGAUCAAGUAUAUGAUAAAUUAAUAAAAAAUAGCGAUUUCUUAAAUUAUGAUCUGAUACAAUCAAUAGAAUAUGAAAAGAGCAAACUACCUUAAUAAACACCCUUUGAUAAAGUCUGCGGGAAUUCUAGCUAAUUUAUUUAUAAAAAAUGCUUUGAAAUUGUACUAUCCAAUAGUUAUGUUUAAUACUCUAACAAACUUUCAAAUUUUUCAGAAUUUCCACUUUGGGUAAAUCCUUUUCUUAAAAUGAAAAAUUUUGGAUUAAUCUUUGAUUUAGACAAUUUUUAGGCUAGAGGACCUCAAUUUAUUGAUGUAUACAAAAACAUAAAUUUGGGAAAUUGCCAAGGUUAUAUGUUUAAGUAUAAUUAAUUUUAAUAAUAAAUUGGAAUAUAAGGCAGUUCUGGAGGAUCAAUAUAUCUUGAAUGUGUCAAUUAUUAACAAGUUGAUGAUGAACCAAAUGGUUAAAUACAUCUUCCUUAAAUCACUUUUGAAUAACUUAGAGAUCUUGAUAGUUAAGAUUAGUUUGAAUCAGUAGUAUUUGAUGGUAACUCUUUUUCUUAAAAUAGUGCAUCAAGUGGUUUAGGAGUAUUAAAUGUGAUAAAUUUUCCAAGAAUAAAAAUUAUAAACAGCAUUUUUUUUUAAAACUAUGAUGCUUUCCGAGAAAUUAUUGCAAAUACAGCUUAAUAUUUGUACUAUCCUGAUGAAUUAGUUGAUUUAAUAUGUGGGGAAAAAUUUUUAGAUAUAUAUUAGAAUGCUACAUAUGAUGAAAGAAAGCUUGCAUCUUCUAUCAUUCAUAUUGAGAGAUCAAAUAGAGUUUAUAUUUAAAAUAUUCAAGUAAACACAAACAUGAUUAUUGAACCUAAAUUUUCAAAUGAAAGAGCUUGCUUUUUCUAUUUCAAAGAUAUUUCUGAGAGCGCUUAAAUUAUUUCAUUAUAAGAAGAUGUAUUUUAAGGAUCUUAUAUAGCCUAUUUUAUAUCUUAUGAAUCUUUCUAAGAUCAAGAUUUUUCUUUAUGGCCUUUACCCGGAACCAAGUUAAGAAUAUUAUAAUUGGUUACAUCUGUAAAAGACAUGGAAAUUUUUAUAUUGAGAAUUGAAAAUUGGCAAAUCAGAGAAAUUAAAUUUAAUCAAGGAGAAAUUUUAAGCAAUCAAAAUUAUAUUGGUUUAAGCAAUACAUUAAGUUUGAACAUUAAAAAUAGUGAGUUUGUUGAUAUUUAAGGAGUUGAUGAGGAGCAUUAUUUUGUUGAAUUGUAUUCUGUAUUGAACCUCAUUGAUAUAUAAGCAAAUAAUAGUUUAAAUAUCAAUCUAAAUUUGGCGAAUAGUACAUUUAAUUUGAUAAAAUUAUACAACGGUUAUGGAGGCUUGCUAAGUAUACAGUAAAGUAAUAAUAAUAUUAAUUCAACCAAUAGAGGAGGAUUAUUCAAAAUAAAUGCAAAGGAGAGCAUAAAGAUUAACUUAAUGGACAAUGUAGUUAUCUCAGAUUUUGUUGUUGAUAACUAUGGUGGAGUAUUUUUCCUUUAGUCUAAAUAAGUAGAAAUUAUUCUAGAUAAUGUAAACAUAAUGAACAUAAAAGCUAAAGGAGUUGAUAAUUAAAUAAUUGGAAUUGAAUUAAAUGCCAUCUAUUCAAUAGGUUAAAAUAAUAUUUUGAUGAGAAACAAUAAAUUCUAAUGCUCUUCAGGAGGGAAUAUUAAUGAAUAAUUUUUUAAUGCCAAAUAAUUUCAUUUGAAUAGCGAAGACUUAGAAAUAAUAAACGUUCGAAUUAACAACUCUCUUAGUUUGUAAGAUGGAGGGGCCUUUUAUAUUGAUUCACCAAAGAUUGCUUUGAACUUUACAAAUUUUGAAGCAAAUUAAACAAUAUCUAUUUAAGGAAAUGGAGGUCUUAUGAAUAUCUUAAAUGCAGCAUCAUUAACUGCUAAUGGAUUAAAGCUUUUGGAUUCUUUUUCUUCAUAAAAAGGACAUUUUAUUUACUGUGAAGCUUAUACUAUGAACAAUAUCUAAUCUUAUUAAGGUGGAGCUAUUCACAUUAUUGGAGGGCAUUUUGAAUGUAUUGGAAGUAAUUUUUCCAAUAAUAGUGCUUAUAAUGGAGGAGCUAUGUAUUUCUAUAAAACAUCUAGCAUUAAAUUAUUUCAAAUAUUUAUCAAUCAAGUAUAUGCAUUCGAAAACGGAGCAGCAAUUAAUAUUUAUAAUCCAUUGGGAAACACUAAAAUAAGAAAUUGUACAAUUUAAGAUGGCUAUGGGAAACUUUUUACAGGAGGGAUAUAUUACGUAGAUGAUUAGGAAAAUGAAGCAUUAUAAAUCUCUACUGGAAGCAGCAGUAGAAGGCUAGAAUAUGAUAAAUAGGGAAAAAAUUAAAUUAUUCAAGAGGUUAAUAGAGAAUUGAAUAUUUAAAAUACACCAACUUUCCUUCUCUUGGAGUUAGAAAAUGUAAUUUUUUCAGAGCUUAAAGGAGACAGCGCAAGUGUUUUAUAUGUAUAAGCAAAAUAAACUAUUGUCGAAAUCAACUCCUGCUCAAUGGACAAAGUCAACAAAUAUUAAUUCUGCAUAUAAGUCAAGUUUUUUAUAUGUAAAUCAAGUUGA